GUCGUCAACGGUUUUUUCUCCAAUGGGCAGCCCGUGGUUCCUCGGACAGCUGUUGCGCAACAAAGGCAGCGGCGGACUGAAGAAGAGGAGCAGCAAUUAGGGACGCACAGGGAGCAGCAGCCAGAGCCUUCCAUCAGGAAUAAUCAAGAGCAAAACGGCAGUGAAGGGACUGAUGCUGUUUCCAGAAGAGCAGCACUUGGGGUAUGCAGGUGGAAUGGAACAUGGAGGGAAGGUGCAGAGAGGACAGUCACAAUGCAGUGCAGAGGAUUGCACAGGGAACGAACAGCCGGGUCAUCCCUCUCGGCACUGGCACUGACUUCUCUCGAACCUUCGGCUGGUCAGUUCUAUUCCCCACGCCACAGCAACCACCCAUCCACCAAGCUCUCACUGCUGCAUCAGCACUGCACCCCCCUGACCCUUCAUACCCCCACCCCCCUGGCUCCUAUCACCGCAGGGCAGCGCAGGGCAGUGGACGUGGGGCGAGUUCAGCUGCCAGCCUGUGCCGUGGACCGCUGCUUCAUCAACGUGGCCGAUGUGCACCUGAGUGCACGUGUGGGGCGGGAAGCAGUCUCUUUGAAGGCCCUGGGGCCUCUCUGCUACGCCGUGGCGGCUUUUAAAGCGUUUCCUAAGCACCGGAACUUAGACCUGUGCAUCAGGAAAGACAACGGCCCCUGGGAAACCCUGCCAGCAGUCACCACGAUCGCGCUGGGCAAUGCCAACUACUACGGGGGAGGGAUGAAGAUCUGUCCGCACGCGAAUCCCAGCUCGGGAUCCCUGGAUGUGGUAACCAUAUGCGGUUACACUGUGCUUGGGUUCAUCUUGCGGGGAUUGCACCUGUUUUCCGGCACCCACUUGGGCUUCAAAGGCGUAGAUAAUUACAGUGCCGAGGUGAUUGAAAUGAAGGUGGCGGCAGCAGAGGGUGACAAUAACGAGGCCAGCCAGGAGGUGUAUGUGGAAGGGGAUGGGGAGGCGCUGGGGCACCUGCCUGCAGUCUUCAGAGAGCUGGUGGUGUUGCGGGCUCGGGAGCUGGAGGCGCUGGAGCUGGAGGCGCUAGAGCUGGAGGCACUGGCGCUGGAGGCGCUGGAGCUGGAGGUGCUGGAGCUGGAGGCACUGGAGCUGGAGACACUGGAGCUGGAGGCACUCGAGAUGGAGGCACUGGAGCCGGAGGCGCUGGAGCUGGAGGUACUGGAGCUGGAGGCACUGGAGCCAGAGGCACUGGAGCUGGAGGCGCUGGAGCUGGAGGUCCUGGAGCUGCUGGAGGCACUGGAGCUGGAGGCACUGGCGCUGGAGGCGCUGGAGCUGGAGGUACUAGAGUCGGAGGCACUGGAGCUGGAGGCGCUGGCGCUGGAGGCGCUGGAGCUGGAGGUACUGGAGCUGGAGCAUCGUGAGCCUGCGUCUCGUCCUGUCUCCCCUGUUCGCGCUGGUCGCACCGCUCGUCGUGUCCCGCGUCCGCGUCCUCCUCCUGUGCCAGGCACUCACACUAUGGCACUUCGUCCUUCCUCUGCUCCACAGCGCGUCCCUCUGCCGUCUCCUCCUGCGUCCUCUCUUCCUGAGAUUCCUGACCCUGAGUCUGACCGUGUUCGUGCUGCCAGCCCCACAGUCAUGCGUCUCCUGGCUACUGUUGUCACUGACCCGUCGUUUGAGUCCACUGCUGCGUCUGCCUUAGUUGCUGAGCUUGUCGACUUUGCUGCUGCGUGUCGUCUAGACUACGCUGCCAGUCUUGUUGCUGAGUCUGAGUCUGUCUGUCCUCCGUCCGUCGGGGGUAAGUGUGCUCUUGGCACGGACGUCCUUGAGGACAGGCAGGAGGACUUUGAGUGUCUUGCGGCUGUUGUACCUCAUCUCGUGGCCUGGCUGCUUGCACCUGAGGGAGACCCGGAUGCACUGGACAUCCCGACCCCGCGCUCUUACGCAGAGGCGAUCUCGGGUCCCUACUCCUCUCAGUGGCAGACAGCCAUGGACGCAGAGAUGGCAUCUUGA